AUGUACAAAGCAGCCAAUUUUACGCGUAAUUUUAGUUAUCCUUUGAAAAAUAUUUCUUCUUUUCUUAUACGCGUGUCUCCAGUUUCCAAGUCAGUAUUUAGUAGACAUGUUCCUUUCACUUCGGAAAUUCGGAUUCGUAAAUACGCUUCUGGAAACACUAUUGAAGAAGAAAUUUUGGGAAAAAUCCAAGACCUUCGAGCCAAGGCUUAUUUGGGAGGUGGUUUGGACAGAAUUAAUACUCAGCACAAAAAGGGCAAAUUGACUGCACGAGAACGUAUUGAUUUACUCUUAGAUCCUUGUUCCUUUAACGAAUAUGAUACUUUCGUAGAACAUCAAUGUACCGAUUUUGAUAUGGAUAAACACAAGAUAAUAGGCGAUGGUGUUGUGACCGGGCAUGGUACAAUAAAUGGCCGGACAAUUUUCGUGUUUUCUCAAGAUUUCACUGCUUUUGGUGGUAGUCUGUCAAAAAUGCAUGCUCAAAAGUUAUGUAAAAUUAUGGAUAUGGCCAUGAAAGUAGGUGCACCUGUUAUAGGGUUGAAUGAUUCAGGUGGUGCCCGUAUCCAAGAAGGUGUUGAUUCACUUGGGGGAUAUGCCGAUAUAUUUCAAAGAAAUGUUUUAUCAUCUGGUGUUAUCCCUCAAAUAUCUUUAAUUAUGGGUCCAUGCGCUGGUGGUGCUGUAUAUUCUCCAGCUCUUACUGACUUUACAUUUAUGGUUCGUGACACAUCAUACUUAUUUGUUACGGGUCCUGAAGUUGUCAAGACGGUGACAAAUGAAGAUGUCACACAAGAAGAACUCGGUGGUGCAAACCCUCAUACUGUUAAAUCUGGAGUUGCACAUUAUGCCUUUGAGAAUGAUAUUGAGGCACUUCAACGUGUUCGCGACUUUGUGGAUUUUCUUCCUCUUUCAAACCGGGAAAAAGCACCAAUUCGUUAUACUGAUGAUUCUCCAACUCGUGAAGAUCCAGCACUUAAUCAUAUUAUUCCUGUGGACUCAACAAAGGCAUAUGAUAUGCGUGAUGUAAUUACACGUAUUGUAGAUGAUGGGAAUUUUUUUGAAAUUAUGCCAGAUUAUGCCAAAAACAUAAUUAUUGGAUUUUCGCGUUUAGAAGGGCAGUCUAUAGCCAUUGUUGGAAAUCAACCAAUGGUAUCUUCGGGAGUAUUAGAUAUUAAUGCUUCAGUGAAAGCAGCCAGAUUUGUAAGAUUCUGUGAUGCCUUUAAUAUUCCUAUUAUUACAUUGGUUGAUGUACCUGGAUUUCUUCCUGGUACAGCACAAGAACAUAAUGGUAUCAUUCGUCAUGGAGCAAAACUACUAUAUGCAUAUGCAGAGGCUACAGUUCCUAAAAUCACUGUAAUUACUAGAAAAGCAUAUGGCGGAGCAUAUGAUGUCAUGUCAAGUAAACAUCUUCGCGGUGAUUUUAAUUAUGCGUGGCCAACUGGUGAAAUUGCCGUAAUGGGUGCUAAGGGUGCUGUAGAGAUUAUAUUUAGACAUGUUUCUGAUAGAACCCAAGCAGAAAAAGAAUAUAUAGGAUGGUUAUCAAAUUUUAAAAAAAGAAAUAAUAUUAAAGAACAUUAUAAAGUAGGAGAAGCAGCAAGUAUCCUUAUUGAAAAUUUGUCAGAAUUUAGAUCUAAAUUACAAGUUUUAAUUUUACAAUAUGAAUUGGAUAAUGUAUAUAAUGCUGAUGAAACAGGACUCUAUUGA